UCGUCUACACCGGAUACAAUUUUUUCCUGUCUUAUAUUUCAGUUGAUUAUUGUAUCACGUCACUAACCAUGUUUCCCAGCCGCUCCGACAUGCGUUGCCGUUUAGAUGCGGGUUUUAUAUAAACAGCCUCCAUAGCUUGACCUGGUAUAGUUCGACUCGGAAAAGACGUGUAACCAUCUUACUGAGUUGUCUUUAAUCAGAAAUGGCCAAGGUCGAGAUAUUUUUGUUGGUUGGUGCGGUGUUGUUGGUAGUGUCAGUGCAUACCUGCAGUGGGUUCUCCCUGCGUGUCUAUCCCGGAUACGUUCCCUUUGUCAAUCCUGACCGUGGUCAGCAGGGUUCUAGUGCAGAUAAUGCCAUACAAGGUAAUCAUUUGAAGCGGCAGUUGUACUUGUCUAAACUUACUGGCGCUGGCAUGCUUCCUGUCCGAUCGUCUGUUGUACCGUAUUUUCCUGUGCAGUCCACUGGCUACGGUGCGGGUGAUAGUGUGGCCUUCAGACAAGCGACCACCGGAUUCAAGCCCACAGGAUACCGGCGUGGUGGACCGUUGGAUGAUUGUGGAACAUACGCUGAAUGCCGCCAAAGACUAAUAUCGCAUUUCGACAAAAUAAUGAAAUUGACUAACAAGGGCUAGCUUAAUCUGAAACGGCUUGCUGUAUUCUGGAUGAAUCACGUACAAACUGGUUUUUACUUUUUAGUUUGAUAGGAACAAUAAUACAUAUAUAUCAUACAAUAAUAUCUCGUCUAUUAAUUAUUCACAAAAAUAUUGCAGCGGAUUAGGCAUUGCAUUGUUUUUAUAUUAAACUGGGCUGGCUGUUGA